CGACAAUUAAACUCCAUCCCCGUCCCUAUAUAUAUAUAUGAUAAACUCCAUUAUCCCAGCUCUCCAUUCCCACACCCCGGCAUUGACUCACUCCCUCCUCUUUUGAAACUUCUUUAAUUUCCAUCUAACAAUAAUAAACCUCCAUCGAUCGACUUCCGUCCUAAACAUUGACUUCCCCUCGCCGGAAAACAUCUCCCCCGUCCUCUCCCUCCGGCGGCCACUUCCACUUCCACUCGCUCCCUCCCUCGGUCCUCCCUUUUCUCCAACACUCCUCUUCCAAUGGCGAUGGGUCCGGAGACCAUGCAGCUGGUGCAGGCGAUCUCGGGGAUAAUAGGGAGCGUCAUAGCAUUGACGAUCUUCCUGAGUCCGAUGUAAGUAGUCGUUUACUAUUUUAUUUUUUCCUUCUUCAUAUACAUGUAAUGUACAUUCUUCUUCCUGCAUCUCCCGUACGUAUUUUUUUUUUUGGUUUGAAUUUCAGAGGCUCCUUUCGGAGAAUUAUACGAGAGAAGCACACGGCGGGCUUCAAAAUCCUCCCGUACAUGGUGACACUUUUUAGUGCCACCCUCUACAUUUACUAUGGGAUUUUGAAGCGGUCCUCCAUCAUCCUCACCAUCAACGUCAUCGGAAGCAUCAUCGAGCUCUUCUACCUCGGUGUGUACUUUCGAUACUCGUCCACACAGACGAGGGUUUCCGCGGGGAUCAAACUGGCGGCGUUCAACAUGGUGGCGCUAGCUGCUAUCGUCCUCGCCACUGUCUUCGUCACGGACUAUGUCCGUACGAUCGUGGUGGGGACGAUGUGCUCCGUCUUCUCCGUGGCGGUCUUCGCUGCCCCGCUGAGCAUCAUGCUGCAGGUGAUAAGGACGGGGAAUGUGGAAUCGAUGCCGCCCAUUCCCCUGUCCGUGGCGCUCAUGCUCAGCUCCAUCUUCUGGUUCAUCUUCGGCUUCACCACCUCCGAUUUCUUUGUUGCGACGCCCAAUGCUCUUGGUUUGGUGUUCGCGAUUGCACAGGUGGUGUUGUACCACAAAUACCGGCAGGGACCGAUCGACACCGACACCGCCCUUGAGAUGGAAGCUGGCCAGGCCCAGGACGAGGACAGCAUCAGCAGUCCAGACACCGUGGAGAUCGCUGAUGAUGGGCCGGGCCAGGCCCAAACCCAGUUGGUGGUGGAAGAAGAGGUUGUUGUCGAGGUUGUUGAAGAGGGUUCGAGCGAGGUCCAAACCGAGGAGGUGGAAGAAGGAGGAGGAGAAGGAGGAGAAAGAGAGGAAGAGGAAGAAAAAGAGGAAGAAGAUGAAGAAGAAGAAGAAGAAGAAGAAGAAGAAGAUGAUGAUGAUGAAGAUGAAGAAGAUGAAGAAGAAGAAGAAGGGAAAGUGGCUGAAGAGGGAGCAGAAGCAGCAAAAGAGGAGGAGGAAGAAGAAAUAAAGUCAAGUAGUUCUUGAUGUUUUCAUAUGUGCAAGUUUUUAUGUUUAGGGAUUUUUUUUUUUGUAUUUGUUCCAUGUAUGGAGACAAUUAGUAGGGUUCUAGCUAGGCCACCCACUUAUUUAGUUUAUUAAAAUAAAAUAUAAAUUAGAACAUAUUUUUAGUUGAAUUUCUAAGCUUGAGGC